AUGACCCGGCUCUGCUUACUCAGGCCCAAAGGCCUUGUAGAUCCCAUCCAAAUCCUUUCCAGGGGCCAGGGUGCUGGGGAGGGGUCGGCUAGUCAAGUGCAUCCAUGUGUGUCCCCCGGGGACCCUAGCUGGGCCCAGGUCCUGGACAGUGUCCUAGGGCUGGGGGCACUAGGGCUGACAAUUCAGGCAGUCUUUUCUAUGGCUGGCCCAGCCCUGCUGCUGCUGCUGCUACUGGUCAGCUUCCUUGCCUUUGACCUGCUCCACAGGUCCACAGGUCCCACCCUGCUACAGCACAGACUUCUCAGAAGGGGCCAGAGUCCGGCAGCCGGUGAGGGUCCAGGACAGCGGUAGGAUCUACUCCUGCCGACAGGGGUGCUCACAGGACAACUCAGCUUCCAGGAUGCUCUGCUGCUGCUGCUCAUGGGACUGGGGCUGCUGCUGCAAGCCCAUGGCAUGCCCUUGGCCCUGCUUGGCCUGGCUUUCUGCCUCCAUCCUUGGGCCUUAGGGCCCCUCCUGAAACACUGA